AGAAAAUUAGGUAUAAGGAAUUGUAGAUUAUUAGUAGAAUGCAAGAGAUAUAAUGAUCAAUUUAUUAGAGUUUUUAUAGAAGAUAUACCACAUAAUGAAGCGUGAAAAAAACAAGAUAUAUAUUCUAAUAAAAAAGGCAUUAUGACAAAGAAAAAACAAACGUAUAGAAAUACAUUAAAUUAUGCUAGUGAGAACAAAAAGUCUACGAAAAAUAAACUUUGUUUAUUUGAAACAAAAUAAUAUACUCAUUUAAAGAAAAAAAUAUUUAAAGAACUAGAUUAUAUGAAUUUUCUUAAAAAUAACAAAGCAGUGAGUGAUAGGAUUUACAAGAAAAUAAUAUUUAAAAAGUGCGGACUACAGGUUCUUUUACCUUCCUUGCUGUUUUUGUUUUUCUUGAUAGUAUUCAUAGUAGAAUUAGCAUUAGGAUUGUCAGGUAAAGAUUGUUUAUUGUCUUACUUCGGUUUGAAUAAAACUAGUAAAUUAGAGUGAGGGACCAUUAUAUACAUUAAAAAGAUAACUGGUUUUUGGAAGCACUCGGAAAGUUUGGGUUUUGGGACAACAUGUACGUUGUGCAGUGGUACAACAGUUACUGAUGCGUGCAUAUUAGGGCAAGUGUUCCCUAUUUUAAUAUAUAUGGUACCGUUCGUUAUAUUAGGUAUCACAAUUGUAUCGUGAGUUUUUCAUUAUCAUAAAAACGCUAAGAAAUAUGAAAAAUUUAAGUUCAGAAAAAGUAAAAUAUGUAGUAAAUAA